AAGUUUGUCACUUAUUAAUUAUGAUUUCUUUACAGUAUGGCACAGAAUCUUCUCUCAAAUCCUGAACUUCUAAGACAACUACAACAAAUGCAACAGACAAUUCAACAGACCGAAGCAUUGAAAUCUGAAAUUUCUUCUCAAGAACAACUUCAACAACAGCAUCUGAAACGUGAAGAAUAUUCUCAGCCGUUAAUUGAAGAUAGUUCUAUGUCUAUGCAAUCAAUACCAUUCCCAGAAGAACAACCACCAGAACCAAUGAUGCCUCCUUAUAGUAAUAAUGCAGUUAUGUUUACUAGUCAUCAACCUUCCACACCUAUCACCGACGAUGUUGAUUCAAUGCCUUCGCAAGAUGUUUAUCGAAAUUCAAUCAUGGAAGGAAACGAAAGGUGUCAAAUUUCUGCUGCUCCCGAUGUGGAUGAAAGAUUUGGCGUAGGAUUAGAACAUCCUCUGUCAUUACAAGAUAUGGAUUUAAGACCAAAAUUAUCAGCAGAUGUAAAAGACGAUCGAGAAUUGGGAAAAUUGCACAGAUCUAGAUCUCGAUCAGGAUCGCGAUCAAGAACAAGGAUGCAUUUCUUAGCUACUGUAGGGCUAGUGCAGAGAGGUUCAUCAGCACUGAAGACAAGUUAAGAUGGCUGCCACCAUAAAUUAUAAGCAUAUUAUAUACUGUACCUGAAAUGAAGAUUGUAACAUAUGAAAAUCUAUUUUAAACUGGUUAACAGGAAAAUUAGGAACACAAUUUUCUAUUUUGACAUAAACAUCUUCAGAUUUAUUAUGCACAUGUUUUAUUGUUGCUGUUUAUCAUAUAGGUAAUUGCAUUUUUACACAACAUCAAAUUUUCUUGAUUAGCUUCCUCUGAUAUUUUUUAGUCUAAAAAAAAAUUCUGUUUUGUUUCUUACUAAACAUUUUUAUUUGUACAAAACAAUGUAUACAAAGAAAAAAUUGAAUUAUGACUAUUUACAAAAAAUUUUUUAAAUUUUUCGAGUAUCUUUCAUCCUUUUUAACACACCACAGAAGUAACAGUAUAUUGGCUUGGAUGAAUUUCCACAUGUUAUCAUGUAUGCUGUAAUGUAUACAAAGAACCAAACAACAAUGCCGAGGCAUAGAACUGUUUUCUAGGAAAGCAUAAAUUGCUUAAAGCAUUCUCCAGCAGCUUUACUAGGAAACGCACUCAUAACGUUCAGUAGAAAUGCAUGAUAAUUAAUCUCUCCCUUCUUUAAAACUUUUAUUUUUGUAGAUUUUUCACACUGUUGUAAAUUUACUUUUAAUUGUCUGUUUUUAAAAAAUCUACUUUGUGUUUUACCACAAAUGAAUCCAAACAGUUAUAAAUUUAAAUUAUAAAAGUUGUAAAUUUUUUUUUUUACAGUUAUAAAAGUAUGAAUAGUACAGAGCAAUUUUUAAUAUUACUGUUGCUAGAAAGGUUUAUCUUAUCAAAAUGAAGACAUUAUUGAACUCUCAGUAUUUAACAAGAGUAUAUACAUGAAGUCACCAAAGUAUUUAGUGACUUCAUUUGGUCAGUCAGUUAAAAACAAACCUUGGGGUUACUUUUCAGAAAUGAUGCAAGAUUUAGUAACACUUUUUAUUAUUAAAAUAGUUGGUAGUACCAAAAAGAAAUUUGUAGUACCAAAAAGAAAUUUGUAGUAAGCAUGCUAUUGGCACCUACAAAUCUUUUGUUCUGUUAUCUGGUUAACUCAUAGGGCUGAAUUUUUGCUUUGUGCAGGUAAUAAAAUGGAAGGAGGUAAAGAAAAAUAGAGAUUUGUGCAAUUCUCUCAGUGGAAGGGCUAGGGGAAACAGAUUUACAGAUGAAUGAAUGCAAUGUAUGACAAUUAUUGUAUCUCUGUAGUGAAACUGAAAAAAUGAAGUAAACACUUUUGAGAAGGGCAUACAUCUUUGAAAGAUGACAGUGGGCCAAGCUGGCCUAAUUAUGUUAUUAAAAAUAAAAUCAUCUAACAGUUGACAAAGCCAUUCACAAAAUGAGAAAACUUGCAGAAGAUUAUCUAGUGACAAUAGUUAGUGUUUUUGGCACUAAUAGGGCAUUUUUUUCACGUUCAUUGUAUAUUCAAAUUGCAUUGGACCAAGAAGAGAGGGUUCAAAGAACAGUAAAAGAGAUUCUAAGAGAAAGGGAUUGACUGCCUCAUAUCUCGGUGGUAUAAACAAGUAAAUAAUUCUGGAGACUGCUUUUAAGGCAAUAGAAAUACAGUCAAACUUGAUUAUAAUGUGUUUUAGGGAAAGUCUUCCUCAAUAUAAACAUUACUUAUUACAUCUAUGAAGAGCAGUGAUACACAACAAUUAACACCUAACCGCCAAUUCCAGCA